AUGAGUCAGGGUCUAGACACUCCAGUGGCUUUGGAACUAUUUUGCGAAAUAUUGGAAACGUUAAGUGAAAGACCAAUAAAUGGUAUUGUAUUGCUGAGUUGGUCUCGUUCGGAUAUAUUAUCUCUUAUGUUGAGCAUAGUGUCACUUAUUCUUAUAUCAUGUUCUGUCGCUUCAUACCGAUAUUCCUCCAGCUACUCCUGGAUAUCGAUUGCUGGGGAUUUGCUAUUUGUCCUCUUGUCAAGUAGCCUUUUGUUCUUGACGUUCUUAACGCAUUAUAAAAGGAUAAUUUCAUCUUGUACAAAGUUUAAAACAUUCUUAAGAUCUUCCGUCACUUAUCUUAGAAAUUUGAACCCGAAUAUGCUUUCAUAUUCACCGUGUAUAAAUGGACUUUUAAAUGAGAUGGUUGGUUUAGAUACCCACCUUACUAUCCGAGAUGGAAAAGUCGUGGUUUUGCCUGCUGUUUUGCUUGUUCCAGGUGAUGUUAUUAUUAUUAAACCAGGUCAGACAAUCUUCGCUUUCUGCAAACAAAUAAAUGAAAAUCACAUUUACUUUCCGGGUGAUGUUUAUGUCCCUCACAAACUCAGUUGUAACCUGAUACCUACCUCGUUUACAUCCAUUCAAAAAUCAGAUGAGUCUGUGGUAGCCGUUGUCAUCCAUUCUCCUUUGGCUUCUUACCUUGGUAUUGCUUCUAGAUCAAGAGUUAAAAAUGGUUAUACGUUUCAACCGCUUGCUUAUAAAGUUGUGAAUACUGCAGUUUGGAUUUCUUUAAUUAUCAAGUGUUCUAUAACUUUCAUUUUUCUAACUUCAAUAUUUAUUUGCGCAUUACCUAUUGGCGAUCUUAGUCAUCAGUCUUAUCGUUUGCUAAUCUGGUUUGCCCACACUCUUGGUGUUGUUAUUGCUUCUUCAAGCUUCUCAUUGUAUUUCAUAUGGAUGGUUGCCACUGCUGUUGUCACAUUCCACUUCCAGAAUGUUCUUUCUAACGCUCAGGAUCAUUUAAAACUUAGUGGUGGGGAUGACAUCAAAUCCCCCCAUAUAUUUUGCCAACCCAACAUGUCUAAGGUUUCCAAAGCAAAUGCGUUAACCUUUAACUCGCUUAUCUCCAAUCUUCGCUACUUUGGCUUUAUGUUUUACUUUCAGACGAACGUAGAUAUGGAAAAUAUUGUACUUACUUUGGGAACACUAAGUUCCGUGUGUUGUAUCAACCAAGAAGGUGUUAUAAGUCAGUCGUUACCAACUCCAGAGAAAAUGUUUUUCUUCCAUAGACGCCACCACAAUCAUCACCAUCAGGAGAGUUUUGGUACAAACAAGUCUCGAAGUGUUGUCUAUAAAUCAAACUCAAAAGCGGAAGAACGUUUGGAACAUCAAAAUUCUAAAUCAGGACAGCUAAACAUGUCGGGUUUUCCGCUCACAAAAAAACAAUGUGUUGAACUUAAUCAAGGAGAACUUUACAAGACUCAAAGUCCCAUCCAAAAUCAGCUACCUACUAACUGUGAUCCUAAUGAGACACCUGGUUUUCAACGAAGUGCUGUGUUUCCACUAGGCAGUUGUAUUGCACCGGUAGUUCUAGACUUACGAACCGAUUUUUAUCGACCCUUUUUAUCGCAUUUCGAAAAGCCGCGCUGGGAUCGUUUCCUUUCAUCGCUUAAACCAAUAGGUUUAUCGAUUCUUCUCAACAAUUGUCACUCUGCUAUUGCGAAACAAAGAAUCGGCUUUUUUGAAAAAGUAAAUGCAACUCAAAAAUAUUUCGAUUCUUCAUCAUGUAUUACUGCACUGCCGCUUACUUUCUGUCUGUGUGGUCUUGCCAGCCAGAUAGGAUUUCGUGAUGGUGCCUUAAGUGGUUUUGGUACUCAUGGAUGCUUGGGUGCUUAUUCCAUUUGCUCAGCUGCAUAUGCUACUAAUUCUAACGCUACUGAUGUAAAAAGUAAAUUAUCUUCCGAAGAAAUCCUUCCGACAAAAGAAAACACAAAUUAUGACCGAAUUCAUUUGGCUUAUUGCUUUAGCUCUGUCUUCUCUGAUCCAAAUAUCCAAGGUGGUUAUCAACUGCUGUCUCAAGGUACUGGUGAUAUUCUUGCUAGCUUGUGUUCUGAUGUUUGGGAUGGGCGGGAUAUUGUACCACUGUCAGACAGAGAACGUGAACUAAUCUUGGGGUUCCACAAUCGUCAUCUGUCGUCUGCAUACUGUAUUGGAUUCGCUUAUUCUCCGUUGGUUGAUAAAAUUGAGGAAUCUUAUAGACUGUUGUUGGGUAAUCUCCCUAGUUCGUCAGAUAUCUUCAUGCUUCGUUUACCAGGAUGUGAUGAUAUUUCAUCAGUAAUACAGCGAAAGGUAUUUGAACACCUGGUUUGCAGUCGAUCAUAUUCAAAUCGUUCUCCACUACCGCGUGUUACGGACAAUAUUAACAGUAUCAGUCCCAUUUAUAACAGGAUUGUUCAUGACAGUGAUAUUUCUAGAAGAUCUCAAGCUAUUUCAAAACCCAACAGACCACGUAAUUAUCAACUAAAAUUUAUAAAGGAUAUGAAAAACGUCGGUUUUAAUUCAUUCUCUAAAUAUUGGCAGCAUACCGAUCGAAAAAAAGAAAAGUAUGAUAAAACGAAAGGAACGUAUUCAAAUGAUAAACUUCUAAAACAUUCACCGUCUAAGAGAAGUGAUAGAUUUUCUAGAAAACAUCGAAUUGACCAUAAUCGAAUAAAUAGUAAUUUUGGUGAGUGUGAUAGUAACUGUUUGGUUUUGAAUGAAUUUCCAAAUGCUAAUUUUGUUUCGGAAACUGAUGAUCAUUGCAAAAGUAACGCUGAUAACUUGGAUCAUGAUAAGAAGAGUAAUGUACGUAUUGAUCAGAAAGAAGUGGACAAUAUACUGUAUAAUCAAAUAUUCUUAGGUCUAAUAAGUAUGCAGUAUCAGGCAAAUCCUCAAGUUGUGAAGUCCAUUAAACAACUUCAUCAAGCUUGUAUACGAUUUGUACAUUUUUCUCGAGAAAAUGAACUUCGAAGUAGAGUGUUCGCUGAACGUUUGGGCUUAGAAUGUGGUUGGAAUUGUCAUAUAUCGCUUAAGAGUCCUAAUCCUGUUAGUAAUCGCAAAUCCGUUGAUCUGCCUAAAGAAUGCCGUAAAAGUAAUAAAUUUUCAUUUGGAACUGAUUUGUUCGUCACUGAAGGAAAAUACUUUGUUGGUUCUCAUCAGACUAAGCGAUGGUCAAGUUCUCCGGCACUAGCAACGUCAUAUCUUUCAAAAUUCGGGUCCACAUCUGAUCCACAGUUCUUUCAAUCUACUCCAUUUCCUGAGUAUUGUGAAGCAAACUAUUUGAAAUCAAUCUCUCCAUGUUUGAAUUUCCGACAAAUUUAUUCUGACUUCGAAUCUUCAUGCUCUCAUGAUCACAUUAACAAUAAUUUCACUCAUGCUGUAUCUGCCAGUUACCUUCAGCAGAUUCGUUCAAACGAAAUCGGUCCAAAGGAAUCAUUCGGGUCAUAUCACUUGUCUACGUCAAGUAAUUCAACUAGUUCUGUAUCGCUCUCAGUAGAUGGACGAAGCAACAAUUCUGAAGAAUUAAAAUUGUCGGAAUUGUUGGUCAGGGACAAGUCCCGACUGCCAUGUGGAAUCGAUAGCAUACGCCCACAUUUAGAAAAUAUCGAUAACGUUCCAUUACAAGUAUCGUUGUUUACUGAUUGUACACCUAAAGCUGUUAGUGAAAUGAUUCAAAUAAUGAAAGAAUAUGGCGAUACUGUUUGCUUGAUUGGAAGCUGUUAUUCAUUAACUAACUAUGCAUUGUUUCAACAAAGUGAUGUAGCUAUUGCUGUGAAGCCUAUUCUACCCUACUCAAAUUGUCGAUUUGCAAAUUCUAAGUUCAUUGUUUCGAAUCAAUCUGUCGAUCUGUUAACAAGUGAUCUCCAGUCAGAAGACUUUAGUUGUUCGAAAAAAAACUUAACUUCCACACAUCAAGAAAGUGGUACUACAAAUUUUAAUACAUUCGAUAUUGCUGCACAUCUUGUACACUUAGUUACACCUUGUCUUUUGGAUAUAGAGAAAACAGGAUUUCAUGUUUACGAUCUUAUUGUUGAGGCUCACGCCAGCGUUAAUAACCUCUAUCAUUGUUUGGUGUUCAGUUCAACAACUCCUUUAGCAGUUGGUUUGCUACAAUUAUUACUAUUAAUAACCGGGUUGCCUACACGACCGGUUGUUUUGCUAGAUGUGCGGUCAAAUCUUCAACAAGGUGAAUUAAUUUGGCUGCCUGUGGAACCAUUUCGAUCAGUUAUUUUUGGUUCAAGUGAAAUUUUUGGUAAUUUAAGCAAAACUGAUAAGUACACUAACAUUAAUUUGUUACAUUACAGUUCGGAUUGGAAUUUAGAACCAAGCUUUAGCAUUGGUCAAUUAUUUUGGCUACUUUUCAUUGUCAUUCCAUCUUUAACAUUAUCUUUAAUUGAUAGGCGAGUUGAAAGAAACCAACCGUUACGUGAGCCACCGAUUAAGCGUAAUAAACUAUUUACUAAGAAGAGAUGCUUACGCUUUACUUUAGUGACUUGUUCUCGUUUCAUACCGUCACUGUUAAUUUGUCUAUUCUGCGAAAUCGGUCAUCUUUUAUGGGCUCAACAGCUUGAAGAUUGUCACCGAUCAUUUCACAGUAUUUAUAUAAAUAAGUUUAAUGAAACAAAUCCCCUAAUUAACGAUUCUAAGACAUAUACUAAAACGCUAUCAUCAUCUUAUGCCCUUCAAGAAUCAUGUCUGUCUAAAUUGUCCAUAUUAAUAUACAGUUUGAAGGAUUUAAUCUUCUAUCAGUUAAUCAUGUACCUAAUUGUUAUAUCAUUUUCUUAUGCCAAUUAUGGUCAAAGAGUAUGGAAAUUCCGAUAUUCUACAAAUCCUUCUUGGUGCAUUGUCUCUAGUCUAAUAUGCAUUCUUCAUUCAGUUUAUAUGAUUAUCCGCUUGUCCGUCGUUAAUUCUUCUUUAAGAUUAACAAGUUGGCACGUUUUAUCUCCAGUCAUAUCGGCAUUUGGUUUUACCUGGUGCAUUUUGCUAUUGUUUAUUAAUGACUUCAUAUCAUGGAGAGAAAAUCGAGCUAUUCUGACAGAACAUCGCUUGUCUAGACUUUACUUCAAUACAAAGUUGGGUAUGUAUUCACCCGUUUGAAUUCACCAAAUUCUCAUCUCUGGAAUAAAAGGAAAUUUUUCAGUGGUUUUCUUUUCUUUUACUUUUCUGUUUUAUAGUUAUGCUAAUAAACUUAUGACUCAUAAUUAAACUUUGACUUUUACACUGUAAUCAAUGCACGAAGUGAUAUAUUUGAAAUUAACGUACAGUUAUCUCUAAACAACAAUGAACCUGG